CCGUCGCCUCGUCCGCGAGGACACGCUUGCCGCGCCGGGCGCGUCCCUACCGUGCAGCCUCUUUUCCUCCUGCGGCGCCCAAAUCACCUCUUCGCCUCCAAGCCUGGAUCAAAGAUAUGCCUCUUCGUGGGAAGAGCUCCUAGUCAAGCCACUGCACGCAAGUUUUCCUCAUUGUGGGUCGCUGCGCUGCGUGCGACAAAACUUGCGAAGAUAGUUUGUUCUCUUUCCCCGCGCCUGUGGAUUCCGGACGAUGCUGCAUCUCUUCCGGCGAAAGUUCGGAGCAAUAGCUUUGUGAACGGGGCAGCUGCAAAGGUCCUCGCGCGUUUUUUUUUUUUUCUUCGAAAGGAUAUCUGAGGCGCGUUACGUUAAUUUUCGUCGUCUUCCCAAUUAGGUCAGAGCUUCCCGGAAAUAAUUUUUCGUGCCUACAACCGUUCGUAAGAAGUGUUAAAUUAGGGCUGAUUUAGUAUUAAUAAUUAGUAUUUAAAAAAAGAGUUAUCUUUAUCUGAAAGCAGCCUCGAAGCUUUUAAACCUAAGCAAAACUCUCCACAGGGGAAAAAAAUGCGUAGUGUACUUAAGGAGAAUAUACGCAGUAAACGUCUAGUCGGGUGAACUGUGUGGCCCACCGAGAAGUUUACGCGCGGGAAACAAGGAGUUUCACUGCGUAGGAAAACAAAAAGGCGAAACACCGAAAAGUCCUCAAGUUCAAGUUAUUGGAUGCAAAGCAGUCGUUAGAUUGUCGCUUUGUCGAGCUGAAGAAACGACAUCGCAGCGUACUCGGCGAUAAGCGUAGGAGAGAAGGAGCACCCACAUCUGACGCAGUGGUCGAAGGGGGGAAGGAGACGUGACAGUGAAAAAAAAAAGUUCGCGAAGGACAAUGUCGAGCAAGUUGUCUUCGUUGUCAGAGGCGGUCGCCUCGCCGCGAAAACCCGUAGUCUACAUGUUGCAGAGAUGGUCGAUGUUGGUCGUCGAAACUUAAAAAAAAGAAAGCAGGAGCAGGCCGUUGCAACAGAACCUCCACCAUGUUUCUACGGGGACUGAUUCCCGCCAUCGUGUACGUGUGCUUGUGGACCACCUGCCUCCUCUCCACAAACCUCGUGGCCGAGGCGGACGAGACGUGGUCGGCUCGCGAGAACGACUCCUCGUCGCCGCCACUGAGUCACGAGAAGCGACUGAUGGACUCGCUGCUGCGCCACUACGACGCCAGCGUGAGGCCCGUCAAGAACUCCUCGGAGCCUGUCAUCAUCCGGCUGGGCAUCACGCUCACGCAGAUAUUCGACCUGGACGAGAAGAAUCAAGUCCUUACAACCAUCGUUUGGCUCGACCAGGAGUGGUUCGACGAGUACCUCAUCUGGGACCCGUUGGAGUUUGGCAACUUCUCUAACCUCAGGCUACCCUGCCACAAGAUUUGGCUGCCAGACAUCGUUCUCUACAACAAUGCGGACGACUACACGCGGGGCUAUUUCCAGACACGCGCCAUGAUCGACCCCCAGGGCCGAGUGUUCUGGCCGCCGCCCACCAAGUUUCGCAGCACCUGCCCCGUGGACGUGACAUACUUCCCUUUCGACGACCAGGUCUGCACAAUGAAGUUCGGUUCUUGGAUCUACGACGGGCUGCAGGUGGACAUCCAGAACCGGACAUCCGAGGUCGACCUGGUGAACUACAUGCCGAACGGCGAGUGGGAGCUGCUCGAGGCGCGCAUGGUGCGCAACGUGGUCUACUACCCUUGCUGUCCAGACCAGCCAUUCCCGGACAUCACGGUGGUCCUGGUCAUCAGGCGCAAGACGCUCUACUACAUGUACAACGUGGUCCUGCCCUGCAUCAUGAUGUCCGUACUCACUCUGCUCGUCUUCUGCCUACCGCCGGACUCGGGCGAGAAGAUCGCACUCGGCGUCACAGUGCUGCUAGCAUUCUCCGUGUUCAUGCUGGCCAUAGCGGAGAAGAUGCCCGAGACAUCAGAGUCCAUACCCUUACUUGGAAUAUACCUGACGGCCGUGAUGGCCAUCACAUCUAUCUCGGUCGUCAUGACCGUGAUCGUCCUCAACUUCCACUACCGCGGUCCCAGCCGGAAAGAAGUGCCCGCGUGGCUCCGCCGUCUCCUGCUCGACAAGUCGUCCCCCGGUCGCGGGUGGUUCUCGAGGCCUGCGCGCCGCAAGACCGUCGGUGACAACCACGUGCACUUCUACGACUUGCCGUCGCGCACAGCGGCCGCCAAGGACCGCUCAGACUUGGACGACGACGGAGACAGCGGCAGGCAGCCCGCGGCCGACGACACCUUCCGGCUCGUCGUCGACAGCGUCGUGAUCGGCGGCGAAGACCGCUACUCUCGCGGCGAGUACGCCGAGCACUCCGCGAGCAACGAGUCCCCGAGUCCUGUCAUCCACGGCGACAUGUCGCGGAACAACGCCUCUGGAACGGCCAGGCAUCGCCGGUGUCGCGGUGGCGCCGCUAGUGGCGGAUCCACUAAGCGCGUGCAGGAAGAAGUGCUGAGGACUUUGCGGUACCUGCUGGAGAAACAGCAGCGCGAGGAGCACCUCACCCGGACUGUGAACGAGUGGCGACAAAUGGCGCUCGUGAUAGACCGUACCCUGUUCUGGUUCUUUCUGGUCAUCACAGCCGUGUCAUCCAUCUGCUUCCUCGUUGUCAUACCGAUACAGAGGCGGGGACUGUGACUAUGACUUGAGCAGAGUUGUGAGCAACUUUGCCUUGCGAUGACGUGUUGACAAACAGAGAGCAGGAGGAAGGAUACGCGUGUUACCGUUUUGGCUAAUCCGGGUGGUAUGGAGAUUGUCUUCGUUUCACCUGAAUAUUUGGUUUGUCACUCGCGAAUAUAACAGGGCUUUGCCGUAGCCGCGUUGAAGUUUUAGUCCUCCUCAGGAGUAAACGUUGGAUGGAAUUGACAGGCUUUUGUUGCAUGUGAGAUUUGUGACAAGUUCACGUGCAAUACGUAUAUGAUAAGUCUAGCCACGAAGUCCGGCUAUGUGCACCUCCUGGUUGCACAAAUAUGUUUUAAGAUCGCUUUUUUUUUCCUCAUUAAACUGCAUACAGACAAAUCAGGGGUGGAAUUCACAAAGGUUUUCGCUCGUUAUGAUUCUUUACUUUUGGCCUUCAAGCUUAACUAUUUAUACGUCCGUCGUCAGGACUGCCAAUUUUCUCUUGCGAACAAUUCAAUAAGAUGUCUUUGUUACUACAGGGCCAGAUGAGUACAUAAAGCUGUGAGACAAGUUGAAAUCGCACCGAGUUGUACCUGAAGAAAAUAACAAUAAAACGAGGCAUAAUUGGUUUUACCAUAACAUGAAAAUCCUGUCUCUUCAAAGAUGCGAGAGUUUCAUCACCCAAUAUAGACAUUCGCAAGGACCCUGAGGGUUGUGCCUUUGCGUAGGCAAAAAUAAGACCAUUACUGGCCAACACGGUAACACAGGCAAUUACAUUUUCUGUAAUGUCCUUGCGCCCCCUGUCGGAGUAUUUAUCUAAAUACUCCUUGCUGUGAACAAUGUUUUAUUUGUGCCAAACCGGCAGCAUUAUUGCGAACACGUGAAUGUAAGAGAAACAACGGGCAAACAAAGUGUGCCCCAUGAGCUUUAUGACUGCAAUUAUUGGACUACAAUAACGUCAGUUUCGCGCUCACUUCUUUGACACAUUACAUGUUCUCAAAGGCGUGGUCAGUUGUUAUGUCUUCAUGAAGACACGGUGUGCUAUAUUUAGGUAUCGUCAUGCUUAUGCUUCCUAUAAGUGAGCCCUACCGUUAUGUACAAAACCUGUCGACAGGGGAUUUGGCGAAGUGUUUGCUUAAAAGACAAUGAAAGCUUGGGCUAUAGUCAGUUUCUCUUAGCUAUUAACUGCUACUAUGGUGCUUAUGAUGUUCUAAAAACCUAACUUAGCGCGAACCGUCCCUCGCAUGUUUUCAAGCGUCUCGCAUUACUUUCCUAAGGAGGCACUCCGCAACGUGCAAUCGCGAAAGCACCUUUACUAUUUGCUCGUCAGGUCUGUAAAGUAGCAGCACCUAUAACUGCAGCGCCACAGCAUAACUUGUCAUCGACGUGCCAAAAUAAGUUACCAAAUCCCAACCAUAUUCUAGGUUGAAAAUUGUGUCGUUUUUCCCAACCACUCUCCAACAGUAUGCGUUAAUUAUGUGCGAUACGCGUGCAAGUUUCCUGUGAACAUAACAUAGCACUCAACUCACUGAGUUCACCAUCUAAUGAAUUUUUUUUUCGGGCGAUUAGAUUGCAUCUCUGAUAAAUAGCUAUCCUUAAGUUUGUGGAGACAUCUUGAAUCUCCUCAGUGUGGUGGUAGUAAUGAAAGUGCGUACGAACGUUCAGAAGACUGCUCAGAUUAACAGCACCACGUUUGCUCAACACUUCGUUAUUCUUAGUAUUCUUACAGUAGAUGUAUAUCGUCCUAGCGACUUGUUGUCAAUGGCUUGCCGCUGCUGUAAUAGUGCGAUCACGUGGAUUCUAAAAUAUAUACUACAGCGAUCAACAGCGUUUGUAUUUUUUGUUGUUGUUUCGUUGUUGAUUGUGAGCGGUCGAUCACGUGGCAGUGUCAUCCGAAACGGUAUGUUGAACGUAAGGCAUCUUUAUGUCGAGAAUACCAGCAAAACAGAAACGGAGCGUGCAUGGAGCAUCUGCGACCAAUCUACGACACUGACUUUUUCUGUGACUUGCUGAAUGUGGGCUGUGCUCAGGGAAGAAAGGAAAUUUUGACGAUUUAAGGCGGCCUCGAGUACAGCUAGCAGCGCAUUGCAGCCUUUGUUUUACAGAAAUUUUUUGUAAUCUCGCCAUAUUGAUUUCGCUUGCUGUUGUUGGGCCUGCUUAAGUUCACUUAAAUGCACCUAUGCACAACCGCUCUUCUAACGCCCGAGUCAUAUCACUGCUCAGACCGAAAUGCGGACGAGGGCCUGAGCAGCGGUCUGACUUGAGCGCACGAUUUCGUCUGUUUUUGCACAGCGGAAUUUCCUACUUCCAGCGCCCUUCUCAAAUACCAAUGUGGGUCUUGUGUUAGCAAGAGUGAAAAAUUUGUCUCCAUGCACGCGUGCUGCGUUAGCCUUAAUUUGUGUUCUUUUAGACCACGAACUCUCUGUUCUUGUUCAUGCAAUAAACGACCACAAUCCUAGCGGCUCCAUUAUU